CAGCCUUUCCCUCUUCCCGCCAAACGUCUCUUCCACCAGUCCCGACUUCUCCUCUUUUCCCUCCCAAUUUCGCUGCCUAGGGUUUUCUAAUCCUCCCGAUCCCCAAAACCCACACCCUAAAUUCUCCUCUGUACACCAAACCCAACCUCACGGCAGCCAUGGCCGAGCCAAUCGCCGGCCGCCACAACCGCCCCAAAGCCGGCAUCGUCCAGAAAAUCCGCCUCGAGAAUUUCAUGUGCCACAGUAGCUUGCAGAUUGAGCUCGGCGAUUGGGUCAAUUUCAUCACCGGUCAAAAUGGGAGUGGUAAAAGUGCAAUACUGACGGCUUUAUGUGUUGCAUUUGGGGUUCGUGCUAAGGAGACCCAGAGAGGGUCUACAUUGAAGGAUUUCAUAAAGACUGGCUGCAGUUACGCUGUGGUUCAUGUUGAGUUGAAGAACCAAGGAGAGGAUGCUUUUAAGCAUGAUGUUUAUGGGGAUGUUAUUAUUAUCGAGCGGAAGAUUUCCGGUGCUUCAAACACCACUGUUUUGAGGGAUCAUCAAGGAAGAAAGGUUGCUAGUCGGAAAGAGGAUCUCCGGGAGCUAAUCGAGCAUUUUAGUAUUGAUGUUGAGAAUCCAUGUGUAAUAAUGGGUCAAGAUAGAAGCAGAGAGUUUUUGCAUUCUGGCAAUGACAGAGAUAAAUUUAAGUUCUUUUACAAGGCCACACUUCUUCAGCAAGUUGAAGAGCUUUUGCAAGACAUUGAGAAACAGUUGGAGAAGGCAAACAUUGUUGUUGAGCAAUUAGAGGGUUCCAUAAGACCCAUAGAAAGAGAACUAGAUGAGUUACAGGAAAAGAUUGAAAAAAUGGAACACAUUGAAGAAAUAUCUCAACAAGCAAAGCAGCUAAAAAAGAAGCUUGCUUGGUCAUGGGUUUAUGAUGUAGACAGGCAACUCCAGCUAAAGAAUGCGAGGAUUGGACAGCUGAAAGAUCGUAUACCUCUUUGUCAAUCUAAAAUUGAUCAAUUAAGAGGUGAAGUCGAGAAACUUAAUCAAAGCUAUAACUUGAAGAAAUCCGAAAUUGCAAGCAUGGUGGAAAAGACUACUGACGUUCGGAGAAUGAAGGAGGAGUUGGAACAGACGCUAGCAUUGGCUACAAAAGAUAAGCUUAAGCUAGAAGAAGAAUAUGGCCGCAAAACUAAACACAUCCAGAAAUUGUCAAACUCUGUUAGGUCUCUCCAGCAACAGAUUCAGGAUGCCGAGGAGCAGCAUGCCAGAAUUACACAGGCGGAAGAAUCUGCAAUGGAGGAAAAGCUGAAAGAAUUACAAGAUGAGGUUGCCACAGUUGAGUCAAUGCUUGCAAGGUUGAAGAAAGAAGAGAGUACCUUAUCGGAACGGUUACAGAAGACAAGUACUGAAAUCGGAAACAUUACUGAAAUGAUUCGAAGAAAAGAGAAGGAUUGUCAAGACAUCUCAAAUAACAUCCAUGAGCUUCAGAGAAAUCAAAUUAAUAAGGUCACAGCUUUUGGUGGAGAGAAAGUGAUGAGCCUUCUACAAACAAUUGAGAAGUAUCAUCAGAAAUUCAAAAGCCCUCCAAUUGGUCCGAUUGGUGCCCAUUUGACUUUGAUUAGUGGAGAUGUAUGGGCAGCAACAAUUGAAAUUGCUAUUGGAAGGUUGCUCAAUGCUUUUAUUGUAACAAAUCAUAAAGACUCUCAACUUCUUAGAGCAUGUGCAAGGGAAGCCGACUAUAGUUACCUGCAAAUUAUCAUAUAUGACUUUUCAUUACCAAGGUUGAAUAUUCCACCUCACAUGCUUCCACAGACAAGACACCCAACUACUCUUUCUCUUCUCCACUCUGAAAAUCAUACUGUGGUAAAUGUCCUGGUAGAUGUGGGAAGUAUUGAAAGGCAGGUCCUUGUCAAAAAUUAUCAGGAGGGAAAGGAAGUUGCUUUUGACCAGAGGAUCCCCAAUCUGAAGGAGGUCUAUACUUUAGAUGGGCAUAAGAUGUUUUCGCGUAAUGGUGUCCAAACCACUCUUCCUCUCAAUAGACAACGCAGACCUGCUCGUCUCUGUGCUAAUUAUGAAGUUGAAAUCAGUAAUCUUAAUAGACAAAAAUCGGGUGUACAAGAAGAAGCUCAGCAGUUCAGGAGGAGAAAAAGGGAUGAAGAAGACAAACUUCGGGAUCUUAAAGAGGAACUCCAGAGUGUGAAGAGGAGGUGCUUGAAGGCUGACCAUGAUUUGGCCUCUAAGAGACUAGCUAUUCAAGACAGUGCAUAUGAUGUGGAAGCCAAUACAUCACCUGCAUCAACUGUUGAUGAUCUUCAUCAAGACAUUUCAAAAAUUCAAGAGGAGAUUCAAGAGAGGGAAAUGUCACUAGAAAACUUUCGAGUUAGAAUUAGUGAAGCUGAGGCGAAGACCACUGAUCUCAAAGUCACAUUUGAGAAUCUAUGUGAGUCAGCAAGGGGAGACCUUCAUGCCUUGGAGAAGGCAGAGAGAGAUUUGAUGGAAAUAGACAGAGAUCUAGUCUCUGCAGAAACGGAGAAACUUCAUUAUGAAAGUGUAAUGAAGACCAAGGUCCUUAAUGUAAUUAAUGAAGCUGAAGAACAAUAUAAAGAGCUUGAGCAUCUCCGUGAGGAAAACUAUAGAAAGGCGUCGAUCCUUUGUCCUGAAAGUGAAAUUAUAGCUUUGGGUGAUUGGGAUGGUAGCACGCCAGAUCAACUCAGUACCCAAUUAACCAGGAUUAAUCAGAAACUCCAGCAAGAGAGUGAGAGAUGCACUGAAUCAAUUGAUGAGCUCCGAAUGUCAUAUGAGAGAAAAGAACGUAAGAUUUUAAGAAAACAGAAAAUGUACAAAGCUUUUCGAGGAAAGUUGAAUGCUUGCCAGAAUGCCCUAAAUAUGCGAAGUGAAAAGUUUGAGAGAAAUAAAAAAUAUCUAAAGUGCCAGAUGACAUGGCGAUUUAAUUCUCAUCUGGGAAGGAAAGGGUUCAGCGGAAAGAUCAAGGUUAACUAUGAGGAGAGAACCCUUUCAAUUGAGGUUAAGAUGCCUCAGGAUUCAUCAAGCAGCACAAUUCGUGAUACUAGAGGGCUUUCAGGUGGCGAACGCUCCUUUUCAACAUUGUGCUUUGCGCUGGCUCUUCAUGAUAUGACUGAAGCCCCAUUCAGAGCUAUGGAUGAGUUUGAUGUAUUUAUGGAUGCUGUAAGUCGGAAAAUCAGCCUUGAUACUCUUGUCGAGUUUGCAUUGGCGCAAGGAUCCCAAUGGGUACUUAUUACCCCUCAUGAUAUCAGCAUGGUGAAAAAUGGGGAUCGGAUAAAGAAGCAGCAAAUGGCAGCUCCUCGUUCUUGAUUGGCCAUCCGUGAUCCAUCUUACUGUUUAUUCAAUGCAAAUUCCUGGUAAUGCUUUUGAUUGGGAUGUACUUGUAUCCUUGUUUGGUGGUGCUCAGGUUGUAAAGAAAGUCGUGGCUUAUUUUUGGAAUUAAUGAGAGCCUUGGUUACAUAUAUCAUAGCAAGCUAGAGGUUCUGAUGAUUAGUUA